AUGAUGAUCGCCAAGCUUCAGCUGCUUUACCGCUAUAAUCUGGUUUUUCUAUCGAGUAUGGCAUUACACAUGACUGUAGUUACUGCUAUAGCAGCAGUCGUGAAUCCCCGUGUUUUGGUCGCCCAUCCGAAUAGUACCAUACAAUUGGACACGCGGUCGACAGCAUAUGAUGAGUAUGAUUCUCUUGAGGAGCGAGGACCAAAAUUUGCGGACUCUAAAGCCAUCGGAGGGGCUCUACCUUGGCUACAAACCCCAAAAUUUUUUAAGACGCUUCUUCGACUACGAAAACGACUCACGGAGAACCAAAAGAAAGUGAUCGAUAGAGGUCUUAAGGGUCAGUCGCUUACAAACACGAUUAAUCGGUUAAUUAGGUCUAUCACUCCACAAGCCAUAAGACAAUCGGAAAGUCUGCUAUGUUUGCUUCACGGGCUAAACAAAGAGAAGCAGGAGUUAGCGAUUGAACACUUGUCUUCACAGCUAAUGGAGAAACAGAACAUCAAGCCAGCUCUGUCUAUUUUGAUGAACGAACGUGCUAAUACUGACUAUUAUGGAGAUCGCGUAUUACAUGCCGCAUUAGAUAAGCUCAAGCUUACCGUGUCCCCAGACAAGAUGUUCUUUCUUAUGGAACUUGACGAAAUCACUCACCCCAGAGAGUUUAUCAUGAGCAAGGACGUCGUCAAUUGGUAUAAAUUUGCUAAACGGAUUGAACGCGAUCCCUUCCAUGUGUUACUGAAUAAAAUGAGAGCGAUCGAGGAGAACCAGAAGGUGUGGGCCGAAACUGUACUCGAGCAGUUCAAAGUGGAGAACACUAUUUUUCUUGGAGACUUGCUGGAUGGGCUCAUUCCAUCCGAAUCAUACCAUUUGACAACUAGUAUUGCUGCCAAUUACCUAAAAAGUGGUACUUUCAGAAGAGCUUUUCAUCAAGACGCCAAUGCUGCCUUGAACAAAGUAAGUUUGAUUGGUUGGAUACCGUUGGCCAAAUUGCUGUAUAUGAUGCGUGAACAGGGCAAUGAACAAGGUCUUUAUUUCAGAGCGUUUAUUCAUGUGAUUGAAGACUGGGAAUCUGAUAUUCUCAGUCUCAAAACGAAUUUGUUAGCAAAUAAAUUAUUUUUGGACUGGAUUGCAUUUUGGGAAUGGCAAAAUGGAAGUGGCAUGCAGAAAGCAGAGGAGAUUCUGCUGCAAUUAUUGAACGGUAAGAAUUAUUGGACUUUUAUUCUGGCAUCAUCGGUAACUUCGAAGAAGUUUUCUCCUGUCAUUUCGAAAUUAUACUUCCAUUUUCUACUCAAUAGGCCCGUAAAUUUAAGCUAG